UGGCAAAACGUACUGCAUACCGCGCGGGACUACACCAAAAGGACGGACUCGAACCCGCAAAGCGCUUGGGAUACAAUGGAGAAGACCAAAGUCCGAAAUCUUCCCCCGCCGAAUAACGCAUAUUCCGGCCGCAGCGUGCUGGUGGACAAAAAAAACGACGUUGGCUCAGCUUUGGCCAAGCUCAAGGCGAUCCUCACGAUCAACGCAGUUCGGGCAACCAAUAUCCGGGACGAGAGGCACGAGAAGAAGGGUGAGAAAAGGAAUCGUCUCAAGAGUUUGCGCUGGAGAAGACGGUUUGCCCAUGAGGUGCGGAAGAAGGUGCAGCUCGUCAACGAGAUCCGUGCUCGCGGUGCAUGA